AUGGAUAUAGAUGGUAUAAACGAUGCUCAGAUAUUGGAUCAUGAGCUCUUACAGCUUCCUGGUUUGUCUCCUGUUUCACUUGAAGCUAACCCUCAUAUCGCUGACGAACUCUUCUCCCAGUGGCUUUCACUCCCUGAAACUCGCCGUUUGGUCAAGUCUUUGAUUGAUGAUGCUAAAUCCAGCACCCUGGUCAAUGUAUCCAAGAAUUGUACCAAUCUCAAUGUUGUUUGUGGAAGUGCAUUGCCUUCUGUAUUUAUGAACAGUGGCACUCUCCCGCUAUCCCCACAAGGCUCACCUGGGUCUCCCCGUUUCUCCAGGAAAAAGGCUAGCCCUUCUUCUCUACAGUCUCCUCUGAAAUCAGUCAGGGAACCAAAGCGUCAACUCAUUCCUCAGAGCUUAACAUCAAACGAAGUUGCUGGUUUAGUAAUUGGAGCUCUGCUUCUUGGUGCCACCAUCGCUUGUCCUAUAGUUGAUGCUUUCAUCGCUGCUUCUCAUAGAAGUAUUGUAGAAUGGUAG